AUGCAGAAGGUAAUAAAGCGAACUGUUCUAGCGGAACGACAAGCAGCACGACGCUUAAAACGGCGCACAGAGAAGAAUACGCGUGAUAAUAACAGGAGCGCCCGCGAGCAGAGAAACUAUGUUCGUGGAGAUGAGACGAACCAUCUGAAGCAGGCGAGGCUGAAUCGAAGAGAGGAUUACGAAUUGGGUCCGUUGGCUCCUAGGAGAGAUGUGGGAGACUGGACCGACAAGUGGGGGACUAUCAGUUCGAUGAGGGCGAGAGGACAAGACCUACACCCCAGAGACAGGGAGAAGAUAUGGGAGCCAUGGGGAGGGAAGUUCCUCAAUAUCGUGGUGGGAGAUAGAGUGGUGAUAAUUGAGGGGAGGGAUAAAGGGAAGAUUGGUGUCAUUAAGGAUGUGUCUAGAGAGAGAGGGGAGGUCACGGUUGGCGGACUGAACUUGAUCGACGUCACCAUCCCCGAAUAUAUGAUCGGCCCCGAUGAACAAGACAAACGCCCCAUCCGCACCAUGGAAAAGCCGGUCUCUGUCAAAUCUAUCCGCCUUGUCGUUCCCCUCACCGACGCCGACUCCGGUGUUACACGAGACGUAAUCGUCAAGAAAGUCAUCGCCGCCGGCAUGUGGUUCGACAAGCACGCAGGCAAGGCAUCCUGGUCUCGUGUCAUACCCGGUCUUGACAUCAAUAUCCCUUGGCCCAAGAAGGAGAGCGUGGAGUACAAGGAUGAGCCUAACGACACACUACGUAUCGAUGUCGAGACCAAGACGUUCGUGCCGACACUGUUGACGCCGCCGAUGCCGGGAACCGUAAUUGACGAGCUACGGAACAAGUUUUCUGUGUUCCGAACCAGGCACGACCCUGAAUAUAUUGCGGCCAAGGAAGAAGAGGACAGGCUGAAGGAAGAGAAGAAGAGGACGUCAAAGCAGAUGCGUACACCAUUGAAGGAGGCCAAUAGGCUAGAGAGGAAGGCCAAGAAGGCCUUGGGCAAGGGCAAGCUGACCGAGGAGAUGUUGGAGAAGAUUGGGAAGCUGGUUGCUGAGAAGAGGCAGUUGGCUCUGGAAGCAGCGGGAGUGUCGAAGGAGGGAGCUGCGUCUGAGGAGCCGGUGACGGCUACCGCAUGA